GCCCAUUCUGGAGGGUCUCAACCCCGGUCAUGCUCUAACGAAAAGUCAUCGAGGCAUUCUAAGCACUCGAGUUAUGAGCCUCAAGAUCCACAUCGCUCUAAUGGUUCUGGCGAUCGAUCUUCGAGGUGUACCAAGUCAUCUAGACGUGAACAUCACCACCGACGUCAAGAACCUAGUCCUGUUGUAG